AGUUGACUUAUCUGCCAUUUUGUAUCUCUACAGCUUGUCAGACGAAGUUGGUCAUCGACGAAUAAGGAAGCAAAUAUGCGUUUAUCCACUACAUAUGUUUGUUUGCGCCGUUAAAUAAACCAAAUUACAGUUUGACUUGUUAGGAUAUCUUGACAUUAGACGCAGUCGGCUGACUGCUGUUCUUGUAUCGUCGUGUCAUCUUGUUUACGUUUUGCCUUAGCAGGAAAGCUAACGGCGUUAGCCACUUAGCUUAGCUAGUGACCAACGGUCCAAGCGUUAGCUUUCCAAAGCUAACUAGAGACUGCUGAAAUGGCGGCCAACACGAAACAAACAACCCCUACAACAAACUGGUCCUUUGGUGGUGCUGGAGAUGGCCAGGUUCACGAAAACCCAGAAUGGGAGAAGGCAAGACAAGCACUAGCGUCCAUUAACAAGAGUCAGAGCGCUGCUAAGAAUGCACAAGCCAACCGGACAGCCACAGCAGAGGCCGGUCAGUUUCAGCCAGCAGUGACUGACUCAGCUGCCGUUCAGACACCGCAGCAGCCACCACCACCUCAGCAGCCACCACCACCUCAGCAGCAGCAACAGCAGCAGCAACAGCAGCAGCAACAACAGCAGCAGCAGCAGCAGCAGCAGCAGCAGCAGUACUAUCCAUGGUACCAGCAAACUCAGCAGCAUUAUCCUGGGUACACAUACCCCUAUAAUUACUACUACCCCGUGGCUCCAUAUGGAGCUGCAUAUCCACCAAAUCAGUAUGGUACACCCCCAGGGCCUUACCCAGGAGCUCCCACCCCUAAUGGACAGCCUCCUCCAGUGCCUGGAAUGGAAGACCAGUCCCCCGGCUACCCAGCUCAACCUCCUCCCCCUUCCACUACCCAACCCCCCCAGAGCCCUACCACCUCCGACAAACCACCUCUUCCUCCCCCCCCAUCUAUACCUCCACAAUCCAACUCCCAGUACCCCCCUCCUCCAUCACAAAAUGCUUAUGGUGGCAAUAACUCCAUGCAAUACCCACCUGGUGACUCCAACCAAAUGCAAGCUUAUAAUCAUUCCCAGGGUAGGCCCAACUAUGGACAGGGUUUUCAGGCCCAGAACUCCUAUCAGCCCCCGCAGAAUAACAAGCAGCAGCAGCAGCAACAACAACAACAACAACAACAACAACAACAGCAGCCAGGCCAGUAUGCACCAGGGCUUGGCAGAGGUGAGGCCAACAAAAACAAAAACCAAAAUCAAGGACAGCAGCUGUGGCACCGCAUGAAACAGGCACCUGGUGCAGCUGCUAUGAAGUUCAAUAUUCACAAGAGGCCUUAUCAGGUUCAGUGUUCUCCAAUUUCCAAUCAGACUUUCCCUCCAGACGAGCAGCCCUCAGGAUUAAAUCCUACUCCUUCCUCCCUGGCUUCUGCCAGUUCCCCACCUGACGGUGCUCAGAUGCGACCCCAGGACUGGCCCCAAGCCAUGAAGGAAUAUGUGCAGCGCUGCUUUACAGCCUGUGAGUCAGAGGAAGACAAAGAUCGUACAGAGAAGGUGUUGAAGGAGGUUCUGCAGGAUCGGCUGAAGGACGGCUCUGCUUACACCAUCGACUGGACCCAUGAGCCAUUGCCAGAACUAAAGGCCAAGCCCUCUCGUUGGGAGGCUCUUGCAUCCCAGAGGACAGCUGAUGGCUCAGUUAGCCGUGGCGGAAGUACACUGGCUGCAUCUCCAAGAGGCAGGGGUGGUGCACACCGAUUGGGCCACUACAGGAAUAUCUUUUCUCAGAGGAGUCCAUCUUCUAGUUCCUCUCAUUCGUCCUCUCGCUCCCCAUCCCCCUCCCAUGACCGACACAGGGACCGCAGCACCCAAAGGCACAGACGCAGUGACUCUGGCUCGCAAUCAGACAGCAGCAUCUCCAGUGACCUCCGACCCCAGUUGUCACGACGAAGAGGUGGACGUGGUCGAGGUAAUGACAGGGAAAGGGGACGUGGAGGAGGGGAGAGAGGACGUGGAAGAGGAGGAAAAGCAAAUAGAGGACGCCGAAAUAUGGAAGACUCCAAUGCAGCGGUUGGAAAGAAGAGGAAAGGGGGCAACGCCGGUGUGGAUUUCCAUGACCCACUGCGAGAAGCCAAGAAGCAGAGCCGAGCAGCCCGCUUCCACAAGCAGCUGCGCUCAGAGCCUCUGGUUCUUUCCAUCAACUCUUUCGACCAACCGGAUGGAACCCAGGAGAGCCUCAGCUGGGAUGACGUCCCCAUUGUGGGGACAUGCCAGGACGUCACCAAGCCCUACCUGAGGCUCACCUGUGCCCCCGACCCCUCUACUGUGCGCCCUGUGCAUGUCCUGAGGAGAUCUCUGCUGGCUGUGAAACUCCACUGGAAAACCCACCAGGAGUACACGUAUGCCUGUGAACAGAUGAAGUCCAUACGACAGGACCUCACGGUCCAAGGAGUUCGUACUGAAUUCACAGUGGAAGUGUACGAGUGUCAUGCACGCAUUGCUCUGGAAAAGGGAGACCAUGAAGAGUUCAACCAGUGCCAGACCCAGCUGAAGGCCCUGUAUAAGGACAACCCGUCGGAGAACAUUGGAGAGUUUACAGCAUAUAGAUUGCUGUAUUACAUCUUCACCAAAAACUCUGGAGAUCUGACCACUGAGUUGGUGUACCUGACCCCUGCCCUGCGGGCAGAUGUGUGUGUGGCUCAUGCUCUUGCACUCCGCGCUGCCUGGGCAUUAGGAAACUAUCACCGUUUCUUUAAGCUGUACAAAGAAGCCCCGCGCAUGGCUUCAUACCUCAUUGACAAGUUUGUUGAGAGGGAGAGAAUGAUUGCACUUCGGGCUAUGGUAAAAACGUUCAGGCCCGACUUGCUCGUGGAGUAUGUGCACUCCAAUCUGGGCUUCUCUUGUUUAGACUCCUGUGUGACCUUUCUCACUGCGCAUGGUGUCACUUUCUACCCCGGUGACCCUGAAAAGAUAGACUGCAAAACCAGCUCAGCCGCUUUGGCUGCCUCCUGAGGAGGUGGGGUGGGGGGGGAACACCAUAAAGGGAGAAGUUAAGGGACCAUAAUGGAGCUUCACAUAUACAAUGCACUGCACUUGAGACACAUCAGCCUUUUCAGAUAGGGUUGGCAAACUACAGAAGACCCACAUAGAAAGAUUCAUGAAAACUCUUAGAUUCAGAUUACAGAUGUCGUUGGAUAGGAACUGCUUUAUAAUGCCAGACGAGUGAGGAGUUUAGAUCUGGGGUACACGUGUAGUGUCAGCAAUGGGAGUCAAAAGUCAAUAGAACAAAUCAGAGAGGCCCCCCCCCUCCCCCCCCAUGAUUCCUGUUCCCUAGCGACCCUCAGAUGUCAAAGCUAACAGUGUUCUGUUAUGUGUUUUCCUUCCUCAAGUCAACAGCUUCAACACCUGAAGAUUCAAGCCUUGUAAACCAAAAGGGAAAUACAAACAGCUGCCAGUCCUUCAUCCAGCUCUCUCCUGUUUGCAUAGAAGUCCACAGAUUCAGAUCACCCUUACACAUUCCUCCUAAAGACUGUGAUAAAACGCGUGAGAGAAGGCGCCGGCCGUGUGUCUGAAGGAAGAUGAGGUGGUUUGUAUGUCCUGCACCGGGUUGCCCCAAAGGUAUCAGAUGGCCGCGCAUCAUCCUGUUCCUCAUCCUGAUCAAAAGGCCAGUGAGAGCAAUGAACUUAAGUCUUAAGUCUUGUUCCUGAUUUGAAUUAAGUUCUAUUAAUUCAAUGAUCCCGGUCAAGAAAUGGUUGGCCAGCUUUUGGGAGAAAGUCUGAACGUGAUGAGCAUUGACUUUGUGUAUGAUCAAGGAAUCAGGCAAGUGUUCUUCAUCAGGGUGGUAUCCUCCUCCGUGCCCUCCAAGCUGAGCUCCAUCUCCAGAAUGAAAGCAGCCAGAGGCAGAGAGGGAGUCUGCCGCCAUCCUCCUCCAGCGGACGUCCUGCCAGCACCUGGAAUCCAGCAGACGCCGACCAACAGAAAAGUGAUGAAGCCCCUCUGACCUCCAUGUUGGCCUUCUUAACCUCACCAGCUGUUAAUCAACAGAAAAGCUGCCAUCUUUUAAAUACAGCCAAAGGGGAAUUCUGCGGGGUGAGCUUCAGCGAGAACCUGCUGCCUCUUCCAAAAACUACGAGCGGUUUGUAUGAUCUGUGUGCACGGCUGGUAAGCUAAAGGGACUCUCUGGGAGGAGGAGGAGGAAGAGGACGGCACGGCUGAGAUGCUGCCUCACUUUUCGUCUGUGUUGAAUUUCUUCCGUCCUUUGUCAUGGCCCAGUAAAAGAAUUAUGGAGCAGCAAAGCAGAUUUUUAUAAUAAGCAGUUUAAUGUUAGAUUAAUUAAGUAUGAUACAAUUUGACUAAACCCUAAAAUGCCAGAAUGGCACCAGUUAGAUCCGACGUGUUUACUGCACAUUAACCUUUGCUAUCUGAAGGUCAUAUGGUUGAGUGUUGAUAAAAGAGUUUCCAUCUGAUGUAGACAGUAAUUUAAUAAAGGACAUGCGAGUUGAGUCAAGAUGCUUUAUGUCCAUUUUCCCAGUUGACAAGUAAUUAAUAAUUAAAAAGAUGAAUAAAAGACUAUUUACCCUUUGGUACAGGACAGGACUUUCUUGAAGUAUUUCUGAUGUGAUUGUGGUCCAUUAGUCUUGAGGCUUGUGCUGUCCAGGACCUAAAAUACUAUUGGUGGGGGACACACUAUUUUAGGUGAUAAUUGGUAUUAAAAAUGAGGUAUUAGACAGUUCCAAAUUGUUCAGUAAAUGUACACCUAUACCAACAACACAUUAACUCCAUGUUAAUUUUGUUUGUUUUCUACCAUAUCCUAUAAUUUAAGGACUCAUAGAUAAUGAUAGUGUAAACAUUUGAAGAAAAGAAACGGGUCGUUUUGAUUUGAGUUUUGUUUAUUUGAACAGUAUUAAUUGCUGCUGUAGAAAUAUUAAGCCAUUUCAGACUGAGGGGUAACUAAGCAGAACUUGAGUGGAUGCAGGCUUGCUGUACAUGUUUAUUUGUCAACAGAGUUUAUUUUUGUAAAUAUUGUAUGAUAUUGCUGUGAUUUAUAUUAGUGCACUAGUGCAUAGUGUCGUUUUUUCCCCCUCACACGGACGUGUGAUUCUCUUUUAUUUUCUUCUGGGUUUUGCAGAACUCUUCUUUGACCAUAUGGGAAUAUGUAAACUAAAAUGCAGAUAGAUCUGGGUGACGUUGUCAGGAUGUAGAUGAUAGAGGAGUCGAUGAUUUCCCCAGUACAGCCUGAAAACAUUCAUACAGGCAUUGUGGCAAUAUUUGAUGCUCAGUUUUGAGUGACAUGACCAGUUCAAAUGUCAAAAUGGUCAUAUUUUAUUCAGGCAAAACUCCUGUUGCCUCUAUUGUAUCACUCGCCUUUUUGUGGCAGUAAAGCUUGGCAGGUAGUUCCAUGCAAAGCUGAUAUCUUCUCAGUGAUGAACACAAAAUGUUUAAGUCUUCAACCAAUUUCCAUCAGGUUGACAAAAUGUUCUUGUAAACACUGGACCGUUAUUUGUCAAACUUCACUGUUGACCAUUUCAGCAAACAAUUUGUAAUGACAACAAUCUCAACAUGUUUUCUUUCUUUCCCCUUCAUUUACCUGAUCCCCUGUCCUCUUCACUGCCCCCCCACCCCACCCCCUAAACUCCCCCCCACACCACCAGCCCUCUCCUCCUUCAGCUCGCAGCACUGCUCACAGCAGGAGCUCAUAAAGAGAGGAUAGUGACGCCAGCCGGAGAGAGUGAGCAUCCCAGUCUUGGUUUGACCCGCUCAAGUUGAAGCGUCACAGCUGAUGAAAUACAUGGGAGCCUCAUGAUGAAAUGUGGAAAAUGUUGAUGCUGCUGCUAAUGUGAUUUGCUGCUAACCCAAAUAUUGAAAAUGUUUUUCUGUGCAACAUGAUACCUGUUAAGUUUUGAGAAAACUGCCUGAGGAUUUACAAAGCCCCCUUUUUACUGUUUGUCCAGAUACAUUUUGAAUAUUUCGCCUACAUGUGUUUGCUGGUAAAUUAGUCAUCAUUUGGUGGUAUUUUUCUUAAAUUCCUAUUUAUUAUUAAUCGCAAAUUAUUUUGGAUAAUGUUUGCUCAGUUAUAGAUUUGCAGUCAUUUUUAAAUGCCUCAAAAGAAAUGUGUCUGGACAUUCCGAACAUAUCACUCAUGAAAUUCCCCGACAGUUAGUAACAUUUCUCUUAGUAUGCAGUCUUAUUCAGGCAAAGCUUCAUAUGACAAGUGGCACGUCCUCCCAAAAAAAGACUUUGGAUUCUUCUCAUGUGAAUGAGCUGAAUGACAGUUGUUUGUUGCAUUGGGUUUGUGUAAACUUAACAUUUCUUUAAACAUGGUUAAUGUGUGCACCUCUCAGGAUUUCAGCAUUGAUACAGUCCAGGAUGUUUACUUUGUUUAUUUUGCCUUUUUUAGUAGAAAAUUCCACCCAGGAACUAACAAUACACAUUUUCAUUUUGGAUGUUUUGUUUGUUUUUCCUCCCAGUUGCCUGAGUCAUGUUUUCAGUAUUUUUUGCUCCCAUGUUACUGUAUACCUCCCAUCAGUCUUUGUAACUCCUUCCUUGAUAUUUACUGGAAGAACUUCCCAUGUCCCUCACCUCUGCUGUGUUCAUCUCCGGCCAUUCCCUCUGAACUAGUCUCUUCUCUGUUCUCACUUUCUCUUAACUCCUCUCCCUGCAUGCUGUCCUCUCCUCUGCUACAGAUCUCUAACCAGUAUUUGUUCUCUUCUCAUUCUUAUCUGUUCCUUUUAUGCUGGUUAUGCUUGUGACCGUUUGCCAUGAGCAUUUAGUCACUCUCACUAGUAAGUAUUGUAUUGCGUCUGCAAUGCUUUGAUAGUUUAUGUUGCGGCUCAACUAACAACUGAAUCUGAAGGUUUCUCUGCCACGCCUCUCCAUUUACAGAUCCAACUUGAACUGCCAUUUUGUAAAUCUUGUGUAUAUAUAUAUUUUAAAUAAACUUCAAGAAUAAAUGACA